AUGCACAUUACUCAGUCUCGAGCAUCAUUGACCUUGGAAGGUGCACGUCUUGCCACUGCAGCGGCAGAAGCGCAUGCCAAGAAGAUUGGCGUGCCUAUGAAUAUUGCUAUUGUUGAUGAAUCCACCCAUCUCUUGUCCUUUUCACGCAUGGCCGGUGCAAAGCUGACGUCUAUCAGCAUUGCCCUUGACAAGGCCUUCACUGCAGCUGGUCAUCGGCUGGCAACGCACCAAUACAAGGACGCGGUUUGGCCGGGCGGUGUUGCUUUUGGUAUCAAUUGGUCGAAUGCAGGCAGGUUUCAGACGAUUGGCGGUGGCAUCCCCUUCUUUGGGCUUGAUGGACAGGUCAUUGGAGCUAUUGGAUGCAGCACAGGCUCACCUGCUCAGGAUCAAGAGUGUGCACAAGCGGGCGUCGAUGCAGUGCAUGCCUAUCUACGCAAGGACUUGCCUGCCAAGGCGAAGCUCUGA